CCAAAACAUUCUAUCGAAAUAAAGAAAUAGAAAGCCAAAGGAAUCCAGACGCUCCUAAUAUUUCGUCUUCUUGGUCGCUCGGCUCACUCACCAAAGCUCUCUCCUUCAUCACGUCAACGCAGAGUUCGAAAGGGAUCGGGGCACUUAUCCAUGGAAGGUGGCGGUAACGACAGUCGGGAUGGUAAACUGCAGCGGAAGGUAGGUUUGCUGUACGACGAGCGGAUGUGUAAGCAUCAUACACCGGACGGCGAAGCCCAUCCGGAGAAUCCAAAUCGUAUCAGGGCUAUCUGGAAUAAACUCCAACGUGCUGGCAUCCCUCAAAGAUGCGUGGUUUUAGGUGCAAAAGAAGCAGAAGAUAAGCACAUACAAUUGGUUCACUCAAAAAAUCAUGUUAAAUUGAUCAAGAAUAUAAGCUCAAAAGAGUUUGAUUUGCAGCGGAAGAGGAUUGCUUCAAAAUUAAAUUCCAUAUAUUUUAACGAAGGAUCAUCUGAAGCUGCAUAUCUUGCUGCUGGCUCUGUCAUUGAGGUAGCGGAGCGGGUUGCCAAAAAGGAGUUGGAGUCUGCUUUUGCUAUCAUUAGACCUCCAGGGCAUCAUGCCGAAGAAGAUGAAGCUAUGGGGUUCUGUUUAUUUAACAACGUGGCUGUUGCAACACGUUUUCUAUUGAAUGAAAGACCAAAUUUGGGUCUGAACAAAAUCUUAAUUGUUGACUGGGAUGUUCACCAUGGUAAUGGUACUCAAAAAACAUUCUGGAAUGAUCCUCGCGUUCUGUUCUUCUCUGUUCAUAGGCAUGAGUUUGGGAGUUUCUACCCUGCAAAUGAUGAUGGAUUUUAUAGUAUGAUUGGAGAAGGACCAGGUGCAGGAUAUAAUAUAAAUGUCCCUUGGGAGAAUGCAAGGUGUGGAGAUGCAGACUACCUUGCUGUUUGGGAUCAUAUUUUGAUUCCUGUUGCAAAGCAAUUUGAUCCAGACAUAGUUUUCAUAUCUGCCGGAUUUGAUGCAGCUAUUCGUGAUCCACUUGGGGGUUGUUGUGUUACACCAUAUGGGUACUCUCUUAUGUUGAAAAAGUUGAUGGAUUUUGCUGAAGGUAAAAUUGUAUUGGUAUUAGAGGGGGGAUACAAUCUUGACUCUAUAGCAAAUUCUGCACUUGCCUGCAUGGAAGUUCUGUUAGACAAAAGACCUAGGCCUGGAUCUUCAGAGGCUUAUCCGUUUGAGUCGACAUGGCGUGUAAUACAAGCAGUUCGCCAGAAUUUAAGUGCUUACUGGUCCUCACUUGCUGAUGAAUUACCAGCGAAAUUAACCAGUCAGAAGGCUCCUCCUCCACAGAUUCUAGUCUCAAGCUCCGAUUCUGAAACCGAAGAUGGAGUUGUCAGUCAAGCUGUUGUGGACUCCCUUUCGAAGCUAAAAGUUGAAGAUAGUAAAGAUCCAGGGGCUGCUGUUUCUACACAUUGGAGAUCUGAGCUUUCAAGGGUUGACAUUUGGUACGCCGCUUUUGUCAAUAUGUGGAAAUCAAGACUCCUAUGCUAUCUUGAAGGUGGACAGGUGGAGGGUAUGAAGAAGCUCUGUUCUGGUUCGAUGGACAGAAGCCCGCCAAAAGAAACUCUAUGGAAAAUUUUUCCACAUCGUUUAUUCUUUGGUCGUGAAUCGACAUUUACCUGGGGUUCUGGAGGUGUUGCUUUCCUCCAUCCAGAGACCAAUCAUCAGGAUAAAACUUACAUGUGCCUAUAUAGAAUCACGCUUGAGCAGUUUAACGAUAUUCUACUUCAGGAAAAUAUACCAAGUCAUGACAUCUUGAGUUCACCCUUGUUUGAUUUGAAGAACUUGAACUCUAUCAUAACCGAAGGGUCCAUUUUAGUGGAGGCUGUCAAGCGGGGCUGGUAUCAUAAUGUUGUUUAUUUGGGGAAAGAGCGCAAUAUUCCUAUACUGACAAUGACGUGCCCACUUUCGCGUGUGGAAAGCUUCAAAAUUGGGGAACUGCCCUUGCGUGCUCCUUCCAAAGAAUAUGCCUCCGUCUUAGUUAAGGGCCUGGUGGAAGGAGAACAGCUAUCAGAAGAGGAAGCCAUACAGUAUAUAGAGGAAGCUUCUGCUAAACCAUUGUAACUUUUGCUUUUGGUUCCUUUUUAUUGUGGAAAUAUGGUGUAAUAGCUGUUGCUGGUGCAAGAAAAAAAGUUAGUUAUUUUUAUAAUUCACGCGUUAUGUUUAAAACUUACAUCUCGAAUUGGUCUCUAUGCUACACCUUUAUAUCAAUUCAGUCCAAAGACCAUACUAGUCGCGGACUGCUGCUCAAUGUGAUGUGAUUAUCAUGCGACUGAAA